AGACAUCGCGCCUGCCACAUGUGCCCAUGUGGUGUGAUGGAGUUACGUCUUCAUGACGGCAAACACGAUGCUCGAAACCACUAGAAACGCCCUGAACCAUCUCCGAUGCUUCUCGCAACCUUGCGCUGGGGCGGUCUCGAUUUUUCGACGAAGCCGUCUUUCAGGUAUAAAGGCCCCGUGAAUCCGCUCCCAUAGCUCGACAUCAGAAACAAGUCACAACAAGUCUCUUAUGCAAUCACUGCGCUCAACAAUCUCACGAAUUCCACGACACCUCAACCGCAUCUCAAAGCCUACAACCGUUCGACACUUUUCAAACACGCCAGCAACCAUGUCUCUCUUCCCAAGGUUUACUCAGGAGUUUGCUCCCAUGUUCCGUCUCUUUGACGAGUACGACCGUCAGGCUUUCCGCAACCUCGACCGCCAAUUCGAGAGCGUGCGGUCCUUCACCCCCAAGUUCGAUGUCAAGGAGACCAAGGACGCCUACGAACUUCACGGCGAGCUUCCCGGUGUUGAGCAAAAGGACGUCAACAUUGAGUGGACCGACAACAACACGCUAACCAUUUCCGGCCGCCACGAGCACGUCCGCGAGGAAGGUCAGCGCCCACAGGGCUUCAUUGAGAGCGGCGAAAAGCCGGACCAGAAGAAGCUCGGCCACCAGCCCAAGGUCGAGGACGAUCCAUCCGAGUCGAACAACAAGGUUGCCAAGCAGUCACAGGAAAAGGGAGUCACCAAGCACGACGACACGCAAGCCAAGUACUGGGUCAGCGAGCGCUCUGUUGGCGAGUUCCACCGCUCUUUCGCCUUCCCAGCCCGUGUUGACCAGGAUAAUGUCAAGGCCAGCCUCAAGAACGGCAUCCUGAGCAUUGUCGUCCCCAAGGCUCAGGCUCCCCAGCCUCGCAAGAUCAACAUCGAGUAGGUGACGCGGCAUCUUCCGGAUUCUUGCGAACACGUACUCUUUUCACCCUCGGCACAUGGCGUUUCAGUAACGAAUCACGACUUUGACGUUCCUUUGCGACCAGGAGAUGGUGUCUGCUAGUUAGGGUCUAGCCAGGUACUAUGUAGUGUCAGAUUAUGGUAGUAAUGUCUUUCAGCGCAAACACUGGUCUAGGCUGGCAGUAUUAAGGCUGUAUGUAGCAUGGUUAAUGAAUGGAUGCAUUUUCAACU